CCUGUUCUUGCGGAGACUACUGGUGACUUAAAGAGUUGGAACCCCCAAGUCGGAGCCCUAAGUCCCAUAUGGCGUCUCUGGUUCCACCGUUCACGGAAGCGACGGCCAAAGCGAAGGUCCAGCGAGCGGAGGAUCUCUGGAACACCAAAGACCCCAAUAAGGUAGCUCUCGCAUACACCCCUGAUUCCGUGUGGCGCAACAGGGACCAGUUUCUCCGAGGCCGUGAGGAAAUCAUCGGCUUCCUCCAGAAAAAAUGGGAUGUUGAGAAGAGGUACAAACUUCGCAAGCGUUACUUCUGCCACAACGACAACAAAAUCGCUGUGGAAUUUGAGUACGAGUACCUGGACGAAGUGGCUGGUCAGUGGUGGCGAGCUUACGGCAUCGAGCACUGGACUUUCAAUCAGGAUGGUGUCAUGGAACGCCGAGACAUGUCUGCAAAUAACAUUCCCAUCAGUUCGGAAGAGCGAAUGUUCAAGUAAGAGCCUGGCAAAGAAAUAGACGAGUACGUACCACCCGUUCACAACCUUCCUGAAAUAACAAAAACGAACACAAACUCGCGAAAGAAAAGCAAAUUUUCAUA